AUGGUGUAUUUAGAAAUAAAGGUGGGGAAGCGGAAAAACACCGAGUUGUCCAAGCGUAGACGCAGCCUCCACCCAGCGGUGGUCAUUCGGCAGCGGAAAUCGUACAGGAGAAAAGACGGGGUGUUCCUCUAUUUUGAAGACAACGCGGGAGUGAUAGUAAAUAAUAAAGGUGAAAUGAAAGGCUCUGCGAUCACAGGCCCUGUGGCCAAGGAGUGUGCCGAUCUGUGGCCCAGGAUAGCCUCCAACGCGGGAAGCAUUGCGUGAGCGCGUUCGUCUUCGCAGAGAUAAAAUAAAAGUCCUUGUACCAAA